AUGAUAAGCGCUGGCACUACCCGUCUCCAUAUCUCCCCGUUGACACCAGAGCUGCUCCAAGCUAUCUUGCCGCCGUCAGUUCGCGAGGCUGCGAGGGACGUUUCCUACCAUUCCGUGCAGACCUUCCCAGAGAACAGCUACGGAUUUGUCAAUCUACCUAAAAUGGAGGCGGACAAGAUUGUGAAAAAGUUGAAUGGUUCCAUUCUGAAAGGUAAAAGGCUGAAGAUACAAGAAGCACGGCCCUCUAAACGCCUUCUGCCCGACGACGAAGCGCCUCUUCCCGGUUCUUCUUCACCCCUGUCUAAACCGGUGAAAUCUUUGAAAAAGCGGAGAGACUCGGAUAAUGUUGUUGAUGGGUACGAAUUGCCUCAAGAAAGACGUGUAAAACGCGGUUGGACAGAACCUGCAGGUCGUGACAAGCGCAGUCGCAAAUCAGAUAAAAAGGGCGAAAAGCGCAAACCUCAGCGCUCAAAAUAUACAGAAAAGUCGGAGUGCCUGUUCCGGACGCCAGUGCCUCCCAAUCGCACUGAUGCAAUGAAAGAGAAGAAGAAAUCUUCUGAGAAAAGGAGGAAAGAUAAGAAAGGUGGUGAAGUGAUUGUGCAUGAAUUUGAAAAAUCAACCACCAUUCCAAGUUUUCUCAGGACUGGUGAGAAGCCAGCUGAAGAUGGUCUCACCAGUGAGUAUUUAGAUGGAAAGGGGUGGGUUGACCGCAACGGAAAUGUCAAAGAGAAAUUCGUUAUCACGGAGAACGCUGUCACAAACCUACCACUUAAAAAGUCGGAACAGAUAUGGAAGAAUAAGAACAGCACCAAUCUCUCGGUAGAAAAGGUCGCUCCUCAGGAAUCCUCGCCCACUGAGGUCGACAGCGACGAGACGUCCUCGAGUGGCUCUUCUAUUGAAACUUCCUCUGAUGAAGAAGAUGACGAUGCAUCUUCCUCCGGUACGUCUUCCAGGGGGGAAGACUCGAUGUCUUCGUCUUCAUCCUCAGACGAAGAAGAGGAGAAUCACGACGACUAUGAGAAAGACGAACAAGUUAAAUCACCAAGCCUCACUCCCAAAGCCACCGCCAAGCCAUCUAUCGUUGUAACGCCGAGCCCUAGCAAGCCCGCGGUCCCCAAAACCAUCACCGGGGAAGUGAAAUCCCCUCUCCAAAACUCCAAUCUCAAACAAUUACCGGAGUCAGCCACGGAAGUCCAUCCCCUCGAAGCCCUCUUCAAAAGCCCCGCAAAUCACCGUCAAUCCAACAACCUAAAACCUCCGUUGGAAAUCAAUACCCAAUUCAGCUUCUUCGGUGACGAUGACAGGAACAUCGAAGAGGGUGACUCUGAUACCGCAGUCGCAGGAAACCAACACUCUCACUCUUUUCUCAACACAGGAGAGCCCCAAACCCCUUUUACGAAACUGGACCUGAUGUCGCGGGGCGUGCGCAGCGCAGCCCCGACUCCUGACACUGUGGCACCGAAUAAGAGUAGGUUUUGGAGUGAUAAUGAAGAAGAAGAUGACGGCAACGAAGACAACCGUGACGAUGAUGACGACACCGGUGAUGGGAUGGAUAUUGAUGAUUACCCUAAUAGGGACGGCGAUGAUGUUGUGGGGACACCGCCAAAACCUCCUGCGACUGCGUGUGCCGAUGAUAAUGCUGCAAAGGAGGGAAAGGAAGAAAGCGAGUUUUCAAAGUGGUUUUGGGAGAAUCGGGGGGAAAAUAAUCGAGCGUGGAAGAGGAGGCGAAGGGAGGCGGCGAAGGGGAAGAGGCAGAGGGAGAAUAGGCAGAAGGGUUUUACGGGGAAGUAA